CUUGAGUCGAAACCAUCACCAUCUCCAGGAUGACCACAAGAUAUCCAAAGCUCGUAGCUUUCGAUUUAGACUAUACCCUGUGGGAUCUGUGGAUAGAUACCCACGUUUCCGGGCCUCUGCAUAGAUAUAAGAACACCUUGAACGAAAUUUUAGACAGACACGAUUCGCCUAUAUCUUUCUAUCGGGAUGUCCCUCAUAUUCUUCACCGACUGCGGGAGGCAGAGGUCAUCAUAGCGGCGGCAUCGAGAACCUCGGCCCCCAACCUAGCCAGACAGGCCCUCUCGCUCCUUCUUGUCCCGCCUAAGCAUGGCGAUAAGGAUAGUAAUCCCACCAAGGCCGCGCAUUUCUUUGAUCAGGCGGAGAUAUAUCCCGGGUCAAAACUGACGCACUUUAAGCGACUUCACGAGAAGACAGGCAUAGCCUACUCCGAAAUGCUCUUCUUUGACGACGAGCAUAGAAACAAAGAAGUAGAGCAACUAGGUGUUACCUUUUGCCUCGUACCGGACGGUGUCAACCAUAAAGUUUUUGAGAAAGGGCUUUCAUUGUGGCAGGGUCGUAAUGCUGUAGAUGUUACGACAGGAGAUCAUGCAGAAUGAACAAAUCUGUGCCAAUGUAUAGAACCCAUGUAAUUCUAAUCAUUCACACAGGUUUGUGAACUCUUCCUUCAUCAAGAUAAACUACCAGCAUCGCAGAACAAAACUGUACUGAACUUCAUCUCAACCCAAGUAUUGAUAUCCUA